GUGAGGCAGCGCGGAGGCAGCGCGGAGGCUGCAGUCAAAGCUCACAGACGAAGAAGAAGAAGAACUUGUUGUUUAAUUCAUGCUCGCUGUGUUAGCCUGAACUUCAGUUUCCUCCUGAGGAGACGCCACGGAGAGAGUGAGACACCGCGGAGAGAGUGAGACACGGAGCGGAGAGUGAGACACGGAGCUGAGAGAGAGACACGGAGGCUGGGAGAGCACGAACCCCGGCUCACCCUUCACUGAGUCCGGGUAAACAUUUCCAGUCCGGAGCGUUAGCUUAGCAUCUUUAGCGAGUCCUUGUAACGGUUAAACCUCAGGUAAAGCACCUAAUCUACCCGGCCAGCAGAGUCGCCCACCAUCAUGUCCCCAUCGGUCUGUUGAUGCUGACGGCUUCUCUUACACUGUGCGGAGAGCGGCGGCUGGAAUGCAGCGCUGGCCCAGUGUUUCCAGGAGGCGGCGCUGCUGAGAGGCUGAGUGUAUGUCUGCCGACCCGGCCAUGGACGACUUCACCACCAGGACCUACGGCACCAGCGGCCUGGGCCUGGACAACAGACCUUUGUUCGGGGAGACCUCGGCACGGGAUCGAAUCAUCAACCUGGCAGUGGGGGGAUUCACGUCUCUGGUUGUUUUAGUGACCUUCAUCUGUUCCUUUGUGUUCCCCUCGCUGCCGCCACGGCCGCUUAACAUCUUCUUCGCCGUGUGCAUCCUGCUCGUCUGCGGAUCCACGAUAGUGCUGAUAUUCUGGUACCGGCAGGGCGAUCUGGAGCCUAAAUUCAGGAAACUGAUCUACUACAUGCUGGUGUCCAUCGUGCUGCUGUGUCUAUGUGCCAACCUCUACUUCCACGAUGUCAGGUAAAGGCAGGGACGAGGAGGAGGAGGAGGAGGAGGAGGAAGAAGGGAAGACAUGGCCUUGACAGACGGAAAUGCUUUGAAGGACUACGUGCAGAGACGACGUAGAAAAAGGAAAAACACACUAACAUGAAUGAAUUCCCCACCUGACCUGCAGCAUUCCUGCAAGCCUCGGACCAAAACCAGUGAAACUCGAUGGUUAGAGUGGGACUGAAACAUAACACACACACACACAGACACACACACACACACACACGUCACAGUGUAGAAAUCAUGAUGUACUGUUAGAGGCCAUAAAUCUGCCUGGAGACACACACAGCUGGAGGAUGAACUCUGAAUUAUUUCAGGUGUGUUUACAUGCACAUAAACGUCUUUAUGUACAGUCUCACUCGUCACGACAAGUACUUAUUACAGAA